AUGUCGGCGGCCACAGAACCUGCGCCGCCGCUGAAGCCGUCACGGUAUCGGGCUAUCCGGGGCAAAAAUGUGCCCGAGUCGCGCAGAUUCGUCGAACCGACAACAACGACAAACUCCAGCGUCGUCUCCGUCUCUCACAGCAAUGACGCGCAACGGCUGCCAAUUCCGACCCUGACAAACGGGAAUGGUGAAGCCGGUGUGAACGGUGGCAUGAACAAGGCUGACGCUGUGGGACAUGCGCCACUAGAGCCACCACCGUCUCAGCAACAACAACAGUCGCCGGGGAGCACAGCUACGAUGUCUGUUGCCCCUUCAGCAUCCCCUGGAGAACGCUCACGAUACCGCACUACCCAGCAGCGCCCAUCUCGUCUGGACACCUCUUUACCUGCACCGGUGCCUGCAGCACCUGAGCCCAUGUCUGCAUCUGCAGCUGUGCCUACCCUUGUGCCACUGCCGUCAGCAAGGGCCCGCGGCAUGCUCUCUGGCGCUGACCAACACGAGGUGCUGCUCGCCGACGGCGUGACUUUGGAGGUGGACGAGGUUGCACGACGCGAAGCAGAGGCCGAGCGCUUGCUGGCUGAACAAAAGAGAAAGGACCUGGAACGUCUCGAGCGCGAGCUGGAAAACCACCAGUCCGCCGCCUCCAACCUGCCGCCCAAAAGCCCUUCGCGGGACAAGCUCUCCUUCUUGACCCGUCGACGUGGGAUCUCUUCUGCUGCACCUGCGACGCCUACCGCCACGACGUUUACCACGUCCAACGAACCGCUGCCUUACUCACCCGAAGGUCCCAAUGGGGCAUCUUCCUCGCGCCCGACAACAACCUACAGCAGCGGGCGCGACCAUAGCGGCUCCGAGCCUCCUCCUCACUCCAGCACCGCCACCACUGCGACAUCCGCAUCACCCACUGCGGUCCCGCAGCAAAUGGAUGCACCGUCCUCCGCCCCUGGAAGUGGAGCGAAUAAGCACAUCAUUGUCCGUUGCCGGCAGUUCUCUGUCAACGUGCCCAUCACACCAGAAUCGACCGUGGGCGACGCUCUUGACGUUGCGACGGAGCUCCUGCCCCGUGCAAUCAAUUUGAACGGCUGUGCACUGGUUGAAAGCUACACGCGCCUCGGCCUUGAACGGCGCUUGCGGCGGUACGAGCGCAUCAAAGAUAUUAUGGGUUCGUGGGAUACUGACAACGACAACGCGUUUGUUGUGAUGCUGUCAGAAGCGAGCGGUGCUGCGAUGGCGGCAUCCGCCGGCGGGCAAUCGCCCAAGGAAAAGAAGGGUCUCUUUUCAAAGAGCAGCUCGCACCAUGAGGACAUUGGAGCAAUCACCAGCAGCAACAGUGUUGGCCGCAAUGGCCACACUAGCGACCUCGAACUUUCUUCUGUUUCGCGGAGCCGUUCGUCUCGACCGCCAGGUUUUGUGUUUAUGAGCAUGUACCAUUCCCAGAAGCCAGGCCGCUGGAACAAGCGCUUCAUCACGCUUGUCGAAGAGACGGGGCAGAUGGUGGCGUCGAAAAAGGCCGACGAGAGCCGGCUUGCCUUUUUGGCCAGCGAGACCAGCAACCGCUCGGGCAACAGCAACAACAACAACAGCGACUUCCAAAACCUCUGCCAUCUUAGCGACUACGACAUCUACACUCCGACCGAGGCACAGAUGCGUAAGAAUCUACGGCCUCCCAAGACCUACUGCUUUGCCGUCAAGAGCCAGCAGCGCACGACGGUGUUCCUCAACACGGACAACUACGUCCACUUUUUCUCGACCGACGAUGCCGUGCAAGCCCGCAUGUUUUACGACCGUGUGUUUGGGUGGCGCAGCUGGUAUCUGGUCAACCGCCACCUAUCACUACCUGAUCGCAACGCCGCUUCCAAAAAGAAGAAGCAAGAAGAUGAGCAGCAGCAACGCUCCACCGGUCAAGCUGCUGCUCAAAUGCCACCGUCCUCAUCCGCUACUUUACGGAAGAACACGCUGCAGCGAUCCCUGAGCCGCAGAUCGGCAAGCAACGCUGCACCGAUCGAUAGCCAUGCUCGGUUCUCGACUGUCGGCUCACUGUUUGGCGGCAUUGGCGACUUUGACCCGACCCUUGAUCUUGACCGCUCAGAGCCUCCCGCUGCUGCAGCUACACCUGACCCUAGGACACGCUCUCUUCGGACAAAGGACGACCCUAGCAUAUUCACACCGGGUGGUCUACUCGGCAAUAGUCAUGACACGCGCCGUAGAGCUGACUCGUCAGCUACUCAGGCUUCUAGUGUUCGCGACCGCGAGCGUCAUCACCACCAAUCGUCUAAUGGCUCGUUUAAGGGUCUGAGUGCGGCUGUUGAUAACGAGGCCCCGUGGUUCCCGUCCGCAAGCGAACAUACAGCUCAACAGCGGACCAACUCCAUUCGCGAAGGCACCCCGUCUUCGUCGCGGCCGCAGUCGACCGAAGACAUUCCACUGGGACUUCAGUUCCCGCAGCUUCUCCAGCAGCAACAGCAGCAACAGAGGCUCGAACGUGAUGCCUCCAUGAGCCGCAGCCGGUCCGUUCGUCGUACCAUGGCAAGCACUGCUGCCGCGUCCCAACAGCCAUCCGCGCCGCCUGUGCCACCAAACAUGCCGGCCCCUCUGAUUGAUCUGACACCUAAGUUCAAGGAGGCACCACAAUGGUCCAAGGAGGGCAAAGGUCACGGCGUGCGUGCACCUGUGGGCACCGCCCACCUUGUUGACCUGGCCACAGACAGUAAAACGCGGAUGACUGAUACCAUACGUGUCAGCCAGCAAGUUGUCGGUGGUGCCGUGCCGCCACCAUCCAACGCAAAUCUGCUUCGCCGGGACCAGCCUCACCAGACACAGUCCAAGUACCAUAGCAGCAUGUCAGGCAACAACCCUGCGAGUCGGUCACAGACCAUGACUACCUCAUCAGUUGCUGUCGCUGCUGGAUUUUCGCGGAGCCGCAGCUUGGCGCAACAUGGCAGCCGUGCGACUCGUGGCGGUGGACAUGGCGGUACUGGAAGCAAUGCACCGCCGGUCCCAUUGCUGUCGCUUAUUCCUGGUGGAGUGCCGUUGCAAGAAGGCGCCGCGUCGGCACCGACCAGUCGCGAUCGCAGCGCUGCGCUAACUCGAAACUAG